AUGACUACUCACAAUGUAGUCGUUUUCGGGGGAGACCACUGUGGUCCUGAGGUGGUUGCUGAAGCUCUUAAGGUACUUAGAGUUAUUGAAACUAGACGCCCAAGUGCCGGAAAGUUCAAUUUUCAACUCCACUUACUCGGCGGCUGUUCCAUUGAUGCGACAGGUGAACCAUUAACAAGUGUUGCGCUUGAUGCAGCCAAGGCCGCCGAUGCUAUCCUUCUGGGUGCCAUUGGCGGACCCGAAUGGGGGACGGGAUCUAUUCGCCCAGAACAGGGCAUUCUCACAUUGCGCAAAGAGCUCGGCACCUACGCUAACUUAAGACCCUGCAACUUUAUCUCCCCUGCACUCGUCGAUAUCUCGCCUCUCCGUCCAGAAAUUUGUCGCGGCACGGAUCUCCACAUCGUUCGCGAGCUUACAGGCGGUAUCUACUUUGGCAAGAGGCAUGAAGACACUGGUGAUGGUAUCGCAUGGGAUACAGAAAUAUACACACGUCAGGAAAUAGAGCGAAUUACGAGGCUAGCAGCUCAUCUAGCACUUCAAGCAAGUCCCCCACUGCCCAUAUGUAGCUUGGACAAAGCCAACGUACUGGCCAGUAGUCGCUUAUGGAGAAAGGUUGUCAGCGAAGUUAUGGCCAAUGAGUUUCCUCAAAUCAAGCUCACCCAUCAAUUAGUUGACAGCGCCGCCAUGCUCAUUGUAAAAACCCCAACAGCUCUGAACGGUGUCAUCUUAACGAGUAACCUCUUUGGUGAUAUUAUUAGUGACGAAGCUAGUGUGAUUCCUGGUAGCAUUGGUCUAUUACCAUCUGCCAGCCUCAGCGGAUUGCCCGAUGGUACAGGCCGAUGUAAUGGAAUAUACGAACCUAUCCAUGGUUCUGCACCUGACAUUUCCUGUCAAGGGAUUGUCAACCCAAUUGGGACUAUACUAUCUGCUGCAAUGAUGCUACGGUACUCCCUCAAUCUCCCGAGUGAGGCUCUGGCCAUUGAGGAAGCUGUCCGUAGAACUAUUCAAAAUGGGUGCCGUACAAAGGACAUAGGCGGUUUAAAUACCACUAGCGAAGUUGGUGAUGCAGUCAGCUCCGAACUCAACAAGAUACUCGUAGAUCCUAAUGCGUGA